AUGGAAAAAGACGCUUUCCAGCAGUUAGAACUAGAGAAGAAUGGAUCUUCCAAAAGAACUACUCCCAAAAGAAUUAUCCAUUUUGUAGAUGGAGACGUCAUGGAAGAAUAUAGCACAGAGGAGGAAGAGGAAGAAAAAGAGGAACAGAAAGUGAAUUCAACACUUGACCCUUCUAAACUUUCAUGGGGGCCUUACCUAUGGUUUUGGGCAGGGCGAAUAGCAAGCACCUCAUUUUCUACAUGCGAGUUCCUUGGUGGAAGAUUGGCUAUCUUCUUUGGUCUUACUCAACCCAAAUAUCAGUAUAUGUUAAAUGAGUAUUAUAGAACACAAAAUAAGGAAUUUGACAAGGAAAAUGAAAGGAAUGGAUCAAAAGCCCAGCCAGCCAAGGUUCCUAAUGAAAAACGUCACCUGGAGGCUGGAGGCCGAGAGUACGGAACCAGACGAGAGGAAAUUGCAGAGUGCGUUUCUCAGUGGAGCGCCUCCUCCAGGGAGGGUCUGGCGGCAGAUUCCAGCUAG